GGCCUCCCGGUACCGGGAAGACUACCACGGCCGCGCAGAUCCUGCGCCAGUGGCUUUGGGACAGCAGUGGCGAAGGCUGCAAGGCCCUGGCCGCGGCGCCCUCACGCGCCGCAGCGCGGCGGGUCGCCGACGCGUUACCGGAGGAGGAGCGUUUCUUCCUCCAGUGGCGCGCUGAAGAUGGCCUGUGGGCUGAACAUCGGCGCCGCUUCUGCUGGUCUCGGCUCGCAGUCGCCACGUGUGCCGGAGCAGGGCACGACCUUUUCGACGAAGGCCUCUUCCGCUGGGUGCUCCUCGACGAGGCCACACAGGCGACGGAGCCGGAGGCACUCAUCCCGCUGGCAAGGUGCGGCAAGAGCGUUCACCACGUCGUGCUCGUGGGUGACCCGCAACAGCUGCCACCAACGGUACUCUCGAUGGCUGCGCAGAGACUGGGCUUGGCUACCUCCCUCUUCGAGCGUCUGGUGGCAGAGGUUGGCCCAAAAGAAGUCCUCCUGCUUGACAUGCAAUUCCGCAUGCUGCCGGCCUUGGCUGCCUUUCCGGCUGCGUUUUUCUACCAGGGCCUCCUUGCCACGGGCCGGUCGGAGGAGGAGCCAGAGCCUCUGCGCCACCACGAAACGGUCAACUUCACCGGCGUCCGUGGCUACGAGCGAAGCGUCGGCACUUCCUACGACAAUGCCGCAGAG